AUGACCCCCAGGGACCUGCAGCAGCAGCAACAGCAGCAGCAACAGCAACAGCAGCAGCAGCAGCAGCAGCAGCAGCAGCAAAAAGAAAUAUGUGCUGCGGGGCUUUUAAGGUGCCUGCAGCUCUCCCUGCCGCUGCUGCCGCUGGGGGCCCUCCUCAGACUAGCGUGGAUCCUCCCUGCCCUCGACAGCUGCAGCAGCAGCAGCAGCAGCAGCAGCAGCAACAGCAGCAGUAGUAGUAACAGUAGCAGCAGCGACAGCAGCAGAUGCUUCUGCUGCACCUUGCAGCAUCGAACGCAGCGGGGCGUUUUCCCUGGGCCGCUCCUGCUGCUCCCUCCACAGCAGCAGCAGCAGCAGCAGCAGCAGCAAAAGCAGCAACAGCAGCAGCAAAAGCAGCAGCAGCAGCAAGAAAGCUGGCGAGAAGAAAAGCGGUAUUUAACGUGGGGGUUGCUGCAGCAGCUGUCUACGCGUUUGCUGAUGAGGACUCCUGGAGCAGCAGCAGCAGCAGCAGCAGCAACAACACCUCCACCCGCUGCAGCAGCAGCAGCAGCAGCAGGAGCAGCAGCAGCAGCAGCAGCAGCAACUGUGAGCCCUGAAGAACUGGCAAAGGCGGCAGGAGGUCUGAGCCGGUUGCUGCCCCGCAGUAAACGUCUUGCUGAGGUUCCCGCUGCUGCUGCUGUUGCUGCUGCUGCUCCUGCUGCUGCUGCUCCUGUUGCUGCUGCUGCCGAUCCUGCUGCUGCUGCUGCUUUAGUGAGGGCUCUUGUGUCUCGUCUGACGGUACUUGCAGCAGCAGCAACAGCACCAGCAGUACCAGCAACAGCAGCAACAGCAGCAGCACCAACAGCAGCAGCACCAACAGCAGCAACAACAACAGCAGCAGCAGCAACAGCAGCACCAACAGCAGCAGCACCAACAGCAGCAACAACAACAGCAGCAGCAGCAACAGCAGCAACAGCAGCAGCAGCAGCAGAAGGCAGGAGAGAAGACGGGGGCCCCUCGAUUCUGCGUGUUUGGGCUUUGCUGCUGCAAGCCAGCAGCAAACUGCUGCUGCUGCUGCCCCCCCCUGUGGUGGAGACCCUGCAGGAGCAGCUGCAGCACAAGGGGGCCCCUACCCUCAUACACCUCUUGGGGGGGCCCCAGGGCACUGAACCCCUUCCAGCAGCAGCAGCAGCAGCAGCAGCACCAGUAGCAACAGCAGCAGCGGGAGCUGCUGCAGCAGCAGCGGAAGGUGCAGCAGCAGCAGCAACCGCGGGAGGUGCAGCAGCAGCAGCAGCAGCAGCAGCAGCAGCAGCGGGUAGAGAGUGGGGGCCCCCGGGCAGCCCUUGGCGAGAUAUCUGCUGUCUGCUGCAGUGCCUAGCGAAGCUGCAGCAGCGGCAGCUGCUGCUGCUGCUGUUUGCUGCUGCUUCCUCCCCCCUCACCAGCAACUUCACUGCUGCUGCAGCACAGCUGGCUGCUGCAGCCGCCAGCAGCAGCAGCAGCAGCAGCAGCACUUCCCCCAACAGCAACACCGGGAGCAGCAGCAGCGGGUCCAGCAGCAGCAGCAGCAGCAGCAGCAGCAGCAGCAGCAGCAGCAGCAAGCAGGUUGAGCUGCAGCAAGCAGCAGAAUGUCUCGCAGCAAAUGCUGCAGCAGCAGCCUCCGCCCUCGCCGUGGCGAUGGGCUUAAUGCACGGCGGCCAAGCAGCAGCACCAACAGCAGCAACAGCAGCACGAACAGCAGCAGCAGCAGCAGCAAGAGCAGCAGCAACAGAAGCAACAGCAGCAGCAACAGAAGCAACAGCACCAGCAGCAGCAGCACCAGUAGUGACGCUGCAGCAGCUAUGGCGCUGCUUUGUAGCUGCUGUUGGCUCCCUGGCGGCUGCCGAUGUGCUGCUGCUGCUGGCUUCUCUGUAG